UGUGAAAGUAAGCAGCAGGCGCUCGAAGCGCUCGUCUAGAGUACAGCCUCUCAUCUUCCAUGAUGACCUGGAGCGUGCAAGGCACGAACAGGUGAAGCGUAGGAUGUCCAGGGGGCUCACCGAUGAGUCUGAGUAUGAUGAAGUAGUGGAGUCGCAGGUGACACGUGUCAGGGUUCUGAAAGGCGUGCCCAUGCAGGGGUCACUGGGGCACUUCUAUGAGAGUGUAGCUGAGGACUACAGGAGCUACAGGCUGGGAGACAAAACAGGGAGAAAGGACAGGGAGAACGCGCAGAACAUAGCCAGACACUGUCUAGUCUUCUGUGCAUAUAUGCUCGAGAAGGAUGGUGAUGAAGACGACCAGGAGCACAGUGUGGGGUCCCCAGCUGCAGCCGGACCAACAAAUGACUUGACGUUCCUGUCCAACAUCAAACGCCUGAGGCAUUUCCCGACCUAUCUGAGAGCAAGAGGCUACGCUGUGACUUCAGUCCGCAAUAUGCUGAUAAGCAUCUCUGUUUUUUUAAAUCACGUACAAAACUCUUUCAUGCUGCAAAGUAGGCUGUCAACCAGCGACAUUGGACGAGCGCACUACGAACUGAAGAAGCUCAGGUCUGACAUCAACAGGGACAUUAUGGCACGCCAGCAACAAUUCAAGAGGGUGAAGACCUCAACGCUGCCUCAGGCUUCAGACGAAGUCCAUUUCCUGGACACCGCCAAGAAGUGCAUCCCACAGCUGUUUGACAGCCUAAUUUCCGAAGACACCACAACAGUAGUGACCGAUCACAACCUCUUAAUUGGCUAUAUCAUGGGAUAUCUGUCCAUCAUCAGCGGGCAUCGGAGCACAGUCCUCACAGAGAUGGAGGCGUCUGACGUGAUGGAUGCUGACUCCUGGAACAACGGCCAGCUGUUUCAACUCUUGGUGGGCAGUCACAAAACUGACCUGACAUACGGGCACGCCUUCAUUGUCCUAGAAGACUUUGAGAUGAUCUUGCUGCAGAAGAUGUGCAGGAGCGAGUGUUGCAACCAUGGGAUACAACCACUAUUCGUGUUUCACACGAUUGUGGGUUCGCCAGUUUACAAGGCCAACAAGUACCUGGCAGCUGCGUGGAGAGAUGCAGGUCUGGACAACCCCGUGACGUUUGGCGCCAUACGGAGCAGUGUGGCAACCCAAGUGAAUGAGGCUAGCUUGUUGUUCAAAGUCCAUCUGCGAUGGAUGGAGGGGGUGUUUUUUCCUCUCUAGUUUUCCUUUCAACUCACAGCUGCUCUCCUCAC